AUGCCAUUUGUCAGAUUUGACAAAUUUGACAGCUGCACGUUAAUAGCGCGGUGUGAAGUUCAUAGUAAACAUCAAACUAGAGUUAAAUUAAUAUCAGAAAACGGAUUUCCGGUAAAAAAGUACGAAGUGACAACGGAAGAUGGAUACAUCCUAACUUUGCACAGGAUAUCCAAUCCUGCAGGACAUCCCGUUUUGCUGAUUCCUGGACUGAUGUCAACUGCAGCCGAUUUUGUCACAAUAGGACAAAAAUCAUUAGGUUUCUUUUUAUUUAAAAUGGGUUUCGACGUCUGGCUCGGCAACCCACGUGGGACUACGUUUUCCAGAAGUCACAUCAACCUCAAUCCCGAUACAGACAAGGAAUUUUGGAACUUUAGUUUUCACGAAAUCGGCUUCCUGGACCUGCCGGCGUUGAUCGAUGCGAUUCUGAUGACUACCGGUCACAUUUCGAUACAAUAUGUAGGGCAUUCUCAGGGAUGCACCGCCCUGAUGGUGCUUUUGGCGGAAAAACCAGAAUACAAUGCAAAGAUCUCCACUGCACAUCUGAUGGCACCGGCAGUGUUUAUGGGAAACACCAGGAGUCCCAUUUUGAUGACGGUAUCCGCGUUGAAUCCACAUUUACAGAGACAUUCCAGAAAAAUAGGAAUAUUCGAGUUCUACCCUACAAAAUCAAGCGUAUCAACUUUGUGGAAAACGUCGUGCCUCAACAUGCAAGACUUUUUGUCCAGAACUUUCUGCACAAAUUUUAUAUACUUAUUAGGAGGCGCAAACGAUGCCCAAUUUAACUACGAUUAUAUUCAAAACAUUGCGCAAAAUUAUCCAGGAGGGACGUCGGCGAAACAGUUGGAUCAUUUUUCACAACUUGUACAAUCAAAAAAAUUUACAAAAUUUAAUUAUGAGCGGAGCACCAACAUGAAACUUUACGGGUCAGAAAAUCCUCCGGAAUACUCUUGGAAAAACAUUAAUACCAAAAUCUACAUCUAUUACGGGAGCAACGACAUCCUCACAGUACCAGAGGACGUCAUGUUGACUGCAAAUGCUUUAAAAUCGAAUCUGAUACAACUUUAUAAUAUUCCGGACCAAAUGUUCACCCAUACAGAUUUCCUGUGGGCCAAAGAUGCUGAUAUUUUAGUUUAUCAAAAAUUAGGCAAAGAUUUACUUAGCAAUUUGUGA